UUGCGAGAUGGCGACAGCGCGAAAAGCGCAAGCAAUGAUAGACAGAGUAGUAGGACCUAGAUCUAUAAAUACCAGCUUUCCAACCAUCACUUAUUCACUUGCCCUCCUCACUGAAAACAGUAAACAGGACACGGUUCAGUGACCACACGAGGUUCACGAGUACAGUGACGCAUACAGAGACAUGGGCUCCAUCGCGGCCGACGGCGACAAGCCGCACGCCGUGUGCAUGCCGUUCCCGGCGCAGGGGCACGUCACGCCCAUGCUGAAGCUCGCCAAGAUCCUCCACCACCGUGGCUUCCACAUCACCUUCGUCAACACCGAGUUCAACCACCGCCGCCUCCUCCGCUCCCGCGGCGCCGCCGCGCUGGACGGCCUCCCGGGGUUCCGCUUCGCCGCCAUCCCGGACGGCCUCCCGCCGUCCGACGCCGACGCGACGCAGGACGUGCCCCCGCUCUGCCGCUCCACCAGGGAGACGUGCCUCCCUCACUUCAGCCGCCUCCUCGCCGACCUCAACGCCAACGCCUCCCCCGAGUCCCCGCCCGUCACGUGCGUCGUCGCCGACGACGUCAUGAGCUUCGCCGUCGACGCCGCCAGGGAGUUCCGCGUGCCGUGCGCGCUCUUCUGGACGGCCAGCGUCUGCGGCUACAUGGGCUACCGCUACUACCGUUCCUUCCUCGACAAGGGCAUCUUCCCGCUCAAAGAGGAGCAGCUGACGAACGGGUUCUUGGACGCGCCGGUGGACUGGACGCCGGGGAUGAGCAAGCACCUGCGGCUCAAGGACUUCCCGUCGUUCUUCCGCGCGACGGACCCCGACGAGUACAUGUUCCACUUCGCGCUCCACGUGACGGAGCGGCUGGCGGAGGCGGACGCCGCCGUGCUCAACACCUUCGACGAGCUCGAGCCGGAGGCGCUCGACGCGAUGCGCGCGAUGCUGCCGCCGUCGGUGUCCAUCCACACCAUCGGCCCGCUCGGGUUCCUCGCCGAGCAGGUCGUUCCCAAGGGGAGCCCCCUCGACGCGCUGGGCUCCAACCUGUGGAAGGAGGACGACUCCUGCUUCGGCUGGCUCGACGGCAAGCCGCCCCGGUCGGUGGUGUUCGUUAACUACGGCAGCGUCACGGUGAUGACGAACGAGGAGCUGGUUGAGUUCGCGUGGGGGCUCGCCAACAGCGGCCACGACUUCCUGUGGAUCGUCCGCCCCGACCUCAUCCACGGCGAUGCCGCCGUGCUGCCGCCGGAGUUCAUGGAGUCCGUCGGGGGGCGCGGCCUGCUGGCGAGCUGGUGCCCGCAGGAGGCGGUGCUGCGGCACGAGGCGGUGGGCGUGUUCCUGACGCACUCCGGCUGGAACUCGACGGUGGAGAGCCUCUGCGGCGGGGUGCCGAUGCUGUGCUGGCCGUUCUUCGCGGAGCAGCAGACCAACCGCCGGUACAGCUGCACCGAGUGGGGCGUCGCCAUGGAGAUCGACGACGACGUGCGGCGCGACGCGGUGGAGGCCAAGAUACGGGAGGCGAUGGGAGGAGACAAGGGCCGGGAGAUGCGCCGCCGGGCGGGCGAGUGGAAGGAGACCGGCCUCCGCGCGACGCGCCCCGGCGGCCGCGCGCACGCCAGCCUCGACGCGCUGGUCGCCGACGUCCUCCUCUCCGGUGGCAAGGCUCGGUAGGACAACGUGCACUAGUGCCGCCUGUUGCAUGCUACUCCCUCCCUCCCAUAAUACAAGAGAUUUUGAGUUUUUGCUUGUAACGUUUUACCAUUCGUCUUAUUCAAAAUUUUUUAAAAUUAU